AGAAACUUGGUCUUGAUAACGAGCGGAGGAACAACAGUCCCGCUGGAGAAGAACACUGUACGUUUCCUCGACAACUUCAGCACAGGAUCCAGGGGCAGCAUCAGCGCGGAGUAUUUCUUGGAGCAGGGAUAUGCUGUUGUAUUCAUGCACCGUGAGGUGUCAGACUGCCCAUAUGCAUGCUCUCCUCGCCUUAUCCCCCUCAACAGUUAUCUGUGCAGAUUGUUCAAUCUUUACCGAAAGGCGGACGAAGAGGGCACAUUGUUGCAGCUGGGGUUCACUUCUGUGCACGAGUACUUGUUCAUGCUGAAACAUGUCUGCCAAGCUCUGCAGCCGGCGGGAGAGAGAGCCAUGAUCUACCUUGCGGCUGCUGUCUCUGACUACUUCAUCCCCGACCACCUUAUGGAAGAACACAAGAUACAGUCAGGCUCCGACAACUUGAACAUCUGCCUCACGCCAACACCCAAGUGUCUGUCUUUGCUCAAGAAGACCUGGUGCCCUAGAGCUGUUGUGGUCAGUUUCAAGCUCGAGACGGAUGAAUCGAUUCUGAUGAAGAAGGCGACGGGGGCAAUAGAGAAGUACAAGGUCGAUUGUGUGGUGGCCAACAUUCUCAAGAAGAGAUUCGACGAGGUUUGCCUUGCCGUUGCAACCUGUGUGAACGAUGGGGGUUGA